AUGUUAUGGAAUGCAGCCAGACCUAAUAUGAAGAAAGUGAAAAAAGAGACUAAAUCACCCACCCAACCACCCCCAUACUCCUCCGCUAUACAGCCUACACCUUCUACUGCUCAAGCAGCAGGACUGUACCCAUUAAUAAAAGUCACGAGCGGCAUACUAGACAUCCAACCUGAAACCCCCGUGGAUAAUCAGAGACUUAACUCACAAAAUCAAUUUACCACUCACUAUUUUAAUCAGGGCCUGGUCACACCUGAAAACGGUACAGGUACGAACGUCCAUACACCGUCUCCAGCACAUUGGCCAAACAGUCCACCUGUAUGGCCUAAAACGCCAGACCUAAACAAGCCAAUACCAAUUUUUUCUACCUCCCAGUUGCAGGGAGAAGAUCAGGAAGACCCAAACAAGAAUAUAGUGGUAAAAAUGGUUCUGGUAGGGCAGGAAUCAUCUGAUCCCCCUCCAACAGCCAGUCGGAGCUAUGAAGCCCUUCUACAAGAGGAGUGGCAGAAGCAGCUCACAAGAGAAGAGUCUAGGGGAGAAAGGGACCUGCUUCAAUUUUCCCGCUCUCCAUCCCCAUGCCCAGACAGGAGACACACAAGGUCCAUGGGCCCCCCACCGACCUACCAACUACCCAUGGUGCAGAAUAAACCCAACGCCCAGAAAGUCUAUCAGCCGUAUUCCCUUGGGGACAUCCAGGCUUUAAUAGAUAAAUUACCAGAUAUUCAAGAGGGUGGAAACAAUUGGCUCUCAGACUUCGACACCCUCACUGCUAGACAGGACCUUGCAUUGGGAGAUUUUCGAGCAGUAAUCACUAGGUGCACGUCACGCUCGCAGGCGGAGGCCCUAGAGAAGGACGCAGGCACAACUCAUGAUUCUAAUUCUGUACCUCUCGGUAGAGUGAUAGCUCGAUUAGGCCCGGCAGUCAGAAAGAUGUUCCCGCUAAAAGAUAGCAGUACAAUGAGCAAAAUUAAAUGGGAUACUAAACAAAAUCCUCCUAUUUACUUGAACCAAGCCAUUGACAACUGGGUGGCCCAAACUGGCCAACACCCAUCCAAACGGGGCACGAAUAGUAUGUGGUUCAAAAAGGCAGUCCUGAAGGGAGUCCCCGACUCAGUGACUCAGAAAAUGGAAGACAAACCUGAUUUGCAGGAUUGUGAUUUUAGUAUGUGGAAAAAACACCUUAUUUUUAACCUCAACAAAGUACAGGGCAGCCGCAGCCACCAUUCUCAGGGCCAUAUGUGCCACCACAACAAAACACACCCUUCCCAUAUGCUGCCCAGCGACCACCUUUUGCUAGUCGACCCAGAGGUGGUUUCAGGGGGUGGGGACAGUGGAGGCCAGUAG